CCCCUCCCCCUCCCACAUACCUUUGACCUUUGACUCGCGACAAUGAAUGCGAACGUCCACCAAUGUCUCAACAUUACUAUAUGUCAAUGUCGCCCAGCAAGUUGCAUCAAAUGCCCGCGACGCUUGUCCUGGGCGUGUCGAUAAUGCUGUGCACGCUGUCGAGUACGGCUGUCGCCCUCAGAUUCAUCUCCCGCCGCUACAUACACCGCGGGGUCUCGGUUUCGGAUUGGUUGAUUCUCGUUGCGUUGGUGGGCACUCCUUAGACGGCAGUGAGGUACGGGGGGAGGAGGGGCGGUGUUUGGAAGGCAUUGGUGUUGAUGUUAAUGGGGAUAUAGAUUCUGGCGGUUUCUUUUUCAGUGGCGUUAAUAGUAGGCACCAAAUCUAUGAAUCCGAGGGCGAGGAGAAUAUGCAGGUUCAUCUAUACUUUCCUCUUUAAUCCCACAGCAGCAAUGAUAAAGAACUCCGUACUCCUCUACUACCAAGAUCUCUUCUGGCGGUACCGUGCAGUGCACUGGAUCGCGUGGGGGGUGUUAAUAGUGGUCAACAUCAGUGCCUUCACUGUAUCGGUCGUGGUGUUACUACAAUGCAAGCCCUUCUGGGUGGUGUUUGCGACGAGAGCACAAGACCGCCUUCCCCGGGGCUGGAAGUGCAUCGAUACCGUGAAACUGGUGUAUGCGGCCGCCCCGCUCAAUAUCUGUACAGACUUUGCCCUGAUCCUCAUACCAAUGCCCAUAUUGGCUUCGCUGCAGCUCCCCAGGAGACAGAAGAUCACGCUGAUGCUGUUGUUUGGGCUGAUUGGAUUUACGGCGAUCCUCGAAGUGAUCCGCGCCUACUACUUCCAGAAAGCAAAUCAAACCACAGAGUUUGGCCGAGAGGACGCUAUCUCCUUCCUCUGGGCAUCGAUAACCGUUCACGUGGGCAUCGUGGCCGUGUCCGCACCGAUGGUGAAGCCGCUAUUUACGCGGUGGAAACGGCUAUUCGAGCUUGUCGUACAUUAUGUGAGCUCGAAACGAUACAGAAGCUCUGAGGAAACGACGCCGGAGAUUUUGCACCACAGGCUGUCGCACGAAGCUGGCGGGGAUGAUGGACAGCUGGUCCGCGGGUCGCUGACGAGCGGCGGGCUGAGGCCCGAUCUCGAUAUUGAGGAUUAUAGGGAUAUCAAGAAGGCGUGGCCGUUUUUGCCGUUACUUUCAGGGCCGUUUUUCAUGUGGGGGAUUACGUUCAUUCUCAUCGCUGUUAUUCAAAAGAAGCUGGAGGCGAUAGGCGUGGCUACCGAUACUCGGUCGCUGGGAUUGCAUAUAGCAUACUACGGAUCCCACAGCAUAUCUGCCCUCACCCUCGGUGGCUGGAUCUUCCGUAGUUACGGCUUCAAAAUGGCCAUCUCGAUUGGCCUCUUCCUCUACGGUAUGGGAAGCAUGUGCUUCUGGCCCAGCUCCAUCCAAGAAUCGUACCCAGGCAUGGUAAUUAGCAUGGUGGUGGUAGGCGCCGGCAGCGGGUCGAUGGAGAUCGCAGCCAAUGUUUUCGGCAUCCUCCUCGGACCGCAAGAAUACGCCGAGAUCCGCCUUAACAUCCUACAAGGCUUCCAAGCUGUCGGCGGCCUACUCGCAAUCCUAACCGAAACUACCGUAGUGUACGAAAGCAUCGGCGGAAUGACCUACUCGACUCUGGUGGACGUACAAUGGAUCCUCCUCGCCUGCGGAAUCGCCGCGUUUAUCCUCGCGGGCGUGUUCCUCUGCGUGAACCUCCCCGAGCUUCGUGGCCUAGACCCUCCCAACACCUUCUAUGCCUCGACCAAAAACAUUUACACCUCCUCCUUCGGCCCGGGCUUCGCUCUGUCCGUGUUUACACUCUUCUGGUACGUCGGCGGUCAAGAAAUUACCACCCUCUAUGCCCGCGGCUUCCUGGUCGAAAACCCGCACACGAACGUUCACGAAGCCCUCGGGAUCGAAAAGUCCGCGCAAGCGCUCUUCGCAGCGGGGCGCUUCAUCGCCGCAGCAAUAAUGCUGAUCAUCCGGCCGCGGUUCCUGCUGCUAGCAUUCACGCUCGGACUGAUCGUGACCGCAGCGAUCGGCAUGGCGGGGCGGCACCCGACACACGACGGGAUAUGGCUGCUGCUGAACUCAUUCUUCCAGGGAAUGGCGUACCCGACAAUAAUCGCAAUGGCCAUACGCGGGCUAGCAAAGGGCGACAUCAAGGCCGCCAGCAUAUGGCUCGUCAGCUCGCAGCUCGGCGCCGCCGCUGUCCCCUGCAUCUUCCACGCCGUCAAGAUCACCCGCGGCUCCGUCUACGCGCUGUCCGUGGUCGUGGCAGCGUUCGCCGUCAUGCUCCCGCUGCCGGUAUACCUUAUGGUCAGGAAUAAUGAGCGAGAAAGGACUAGACGCGUCGAUGAGUGCCAGUUGACGGCGAAGGGCUGUGGUUGUGCCGAUGGCUGUAAGAGUGGGUGUGCGGCGGCAAACGCGGUGCUCAGAACUUGUGCCGAGAAUGUUAGGCGGCGCAGUGGGCAUGGCGCCCCCGGCUUCCUCAAGACGCGCGAAGAUGAUGUUAGGAGGAGAAGUGGUGGGAGUGAGGCGGGCAUGGUGGAGGCCGGGAUGGGGUUUCCUUGAUGUUCAUGGUGGUAUCACUCGUGCUGGGUUUUUGGAACGGGCUUAGAAAGGUGUU